CUGCCCAGGACCAAGGAGAUGGUGUUAGAAUGUGUGACUUCUGUCAAGGUUGAUUUGCCAGUCAGCAGCAGCGCUCUCUCCAGCUAGAAUCCAUCACCCCCAGAGCCUUAGGCCAUGGCUACCGUCAUUUAGAGCAGAAUCUUCAGGGUGCAGCUGUGUCAGGUUUAGUCGAGAGACUAAGUUCUCUAUAGAAACACCCACAUUUGUAUGGAUGAUUGGGGAAAGAUAGUGGUACCAACAAGGGAGAGCCGUCUGACCCUCCAAAAAAAUGAGUAUGCUAAAACCAAGCGGGCUGAAGGCCCCUACCAAGAUCUUUAAGCCUGGAAGCACAGCCUUGAAGACACCUGCCACUGCGGCAGCUCCAGUGGAGAAGACAGUACCCAGUGAAAAAGCCGCAGGCCCUCCAUCCUCUGAGGCCCCAGAUGAAUUUGUGGAUGACUUUCGAGUUGGAGAACGUGUUUGGGUGAAUGGCAAUAAGCCUGGAUUUAUCCAGUUUCUUGGGGAAACUCAAUUUGCACCAGGCCAGUGGGCUGGGAUUGUUUUAGAUGAACCCAUAGGAAAGAACGAUGGUUCGGUGGCAGGAGUUCGGUAUUUCCAGUGUGAACCUUUAAAGGGUAUAUUUACCCGGCCUUCAAAGUUAACAAGGAAGGUGCAAGCAGAAGAUGAAGCCAAUGGCCUGCAGACGGCUCCUGUCAGAACUGCUUCACCUUUGUCCACUGCUGCAGCCACUCCCUCAAAUAUUCCCCACAAACCAUCCCAGUCAACAGCAAAAGAAACUUCAACUCCAUCACAAAUCAGCAACCUUACGAAAACUGCCAGUGAGUCAAUCUCCAACCUUUCAGAGGCUGGCUCCGUCAAGAAAGGAGAGCGGGAACUCAAGAUCGGAGACAGGGUGUUGGUUGGUGGCACUAAGGCUGGUGUAGUCCGGUUUCUUGGAGAGACUGACUUUGCCAAGGGGGAGUGGUGUGGUGUGGAAUUAGAUGAACCCUUGGGGAAGAAUGAUGGUGCUGUUGCUGGAACAAGGUAUUUUCAGUGUCAGCCCAAGUAUGGAUUGUUUGCUCCUGUCCACAAAGUGACAAAGAUUGGCUUCCCUUCUACUACACCAGCCAAAGCCAAAGCAGCUGCUGUGAGGCGAGUGAUGGCCACCACGCCCGCCAACCUGAAGCGCAGCCCCUCCGCCUCCUCUCUCAGCUCCAUGAGCUCUGUGGCCUCUUCUGUGAGCAGCAAACCCAGCCGAACAGGACUAUUGACUGAAACCUCCUCCCGCUACGCCCGCAAGAUCUCGGGCACCACUGCCCUCCAGGAGGCGUUGAAGGAGAAGCAGCAGCACAUUGAACAGCUGCUGGCUGAGCGGGACCUGGAGCGGGCCGAGGUGGCCAAGGCUACCAGCCACGUGGGGGAGAUAGAGCAGGAGCUAGCCCUGGCCCGAGAUGGGCAUGACCAGCAUGUCCUGGAACUGGAAGCCAAGAUGGACCAGCUGCGAACAAUGGUAGAAGCUGCUGAUAGGGAGAAAGUGGAGCUCCUCAACCAACUAGAAGAGGAGAGAAGGAAGGUUGAGGACCUUCAGUUCCGAGUAGAAGAAGAAUCAAUUACCAAAGGCGAUCUUGAGGUGGCUACAGUGUCAGAAAAGUCCCGAAUAAUGGAACUAGAAAAAGACCUAGCCUUGAGAGUACAGGAAGUAGCUGAGCUCCGAAGAAGGCUAGAGUCCAGUAAGCCUCCCGGGGAUGUGGAUAUGUCUCUUUCUCUUUUGCAAGAAAUAAGUGCUUUGCAAGAAAAGCUAGAAGCCACACGUACUGACCACCAGAACGAGAUGACCUCUCUGGCGGACCGCUUUGGAGCUCGGGAAGAGACGUUUCAGAAGGAGAUCAAGGCUUUGCACGCUGCCACUGAAAAGCUUUCCAAAGAGAAUGAGUCCUUGAGAAGCAAACUUGACCACGCCAACAAGGAAAAUUCCGAUGUGAUAGCUCUGUGGAAGUCUAAGCUGGAGACCGCCAUCGGAUCCCACCAGCAGGCAAUGGAGGAGCUGAAGGUGUCUUUCAGCAAAGGGAUUGGAACGGACUCAGCUGAAUUUGCUGAGUUAAAGACACAAAUAGAGAGACUGAGACUAGAUUAUCAGCAUGAAAUAGAAACUUUACAGAGUAAACAGGACUCUGAACGAUCUGCUCACGCGAAAGAGAUGGAGACCCUGAAGACCAAGCUGAUGCAAGUCAUUAAAGAGAAGGAGGACAGCCUGGAGGCCGUCAAAGCGAGGCUGGACAGUGCAGAAGACCAGCAUCUAGUGGAAAUGGAAGACGCCUUAAACAAAUUGCAGGAGGCUGAAAUAAAGGUAAAGGAGCUAGAGGUUCUGCAAGCCAAGUACAAUGAACAAACCAAGGUCAUUGGUAAUUUUACAUCCCAGCUCCAGGUUGUCGAAGAAAAGCUCUUGGAUCUUGAUGCACUUCGGAAAGCCAAUUCCGAAGGUAAAUUGGAAAUCGAGACACUUAGACAGCAGCUUGAGGGAGCUGAAAAGCAGAUUAAAAAUUUAGAGAUGGAAAGGAACGCUGAAAGUAGCAAGGCUAAUAGCAUUACCACAGAACUCCAGGAAAAACAACUAAUGCUCAGUAACCUACGGGACACUUUGAGUGAAGUCAGUCAAGUGAAGGAGACUUUGGAAAAAGAACUCCAAACUUUGAAAGAAAAGUUUGCUGGUACUUCAGAGGAGGCUCUCUCUGUUCAGAGAAGUAUGCAAGAUACUGUAAAUAAACUGCAGCGAAAGGAGGAAGAGUUUAACAUGCUGUCUUCUGAACUGGAGAAGUUGAGAGAAAAUUUAGCAGAUAUGGAAGCAAAGUUUAGAGAGAAGGAUGAAAGAGAAGAGCAGCUGGUAAAGGCAAAGGAAAAAUUAGAAAAUGACAUUGCAGAAAUGAUGAAGAUGUCGGGAGAUAACUCUUCUCAGCUUACAAAGAUGAACGAUGAACUGCGUCUGAAGGAAAGAUCUGUGGAAGAACUACAGCUAAAACUUACAAAGGCUAAUGAAAACGCAAGUUUUCUACAGAAAAGUAUUGGGGAAGUAACUCUUAAAGCCGAACAGAGCCAGCAGGAAGCAACUAAAAAGCAUGAAGAAGAAAAGAAAGUAUUGGAGGAAAAACUGUUGGAACUGGAAAAGAAGAUGGAAACAAGCCACAACCAGUGUCAGGACCUGAGAGCCAAGUAUGAAAAAGCCAGCUCAGAGACAAAAACAAAGCACGAAGAAAUCCUGCAGAACCUACAGAAGAUGCUGGUGGACACAGAGGAGAAGCUGAAGGCUGCUCAAGAGGCAAACAGAGGCCUGAUGCAGGAUAUGGAGGAGCUGAAAGCACAGGCCGACAAGGCCAAAUCACUAACUCAUUUGUUAACAUCAGCCAAAAAAGAGAUUGAAGUAAUGUCAGAAGAGCUGAGGGCUCUGAAGUCAGAGAAGCAGCUUCUUGUGCAGGAGACAAAUGCUUUGCAGUUAGAAAAAGGUUCACUUUUAUCAAAGCUUGUAGAAGUGGAGACCAAGAUAACUUUGCUUCAGGAAGACCAACAGAAACUGUGGGUAGUAAACGAAAGCCUCCAUUUAGAGAAGGAGAAAGUCUCAGAAGAAAAGCAAGCUGCUGAAAAGCGUUUUCAGCAGGAGCAUCGGGAUAAGGAGUCCCUGGUGGUUGAGAGAGAGAAACUGCUUAAGGAAGUCAGUGUUGUGCAGGAAGAGCUCCUGAAGAUGCACCUGGAGAACGACGCCCUGGAAGCCUCCAAGGUGAGCAUGCAGGUGCUCAUCGAGGAGCUCCACUUCUGCAAGGAUAAGCUGAUGACCAUGUCCGAGAAGGCCCGGGCAGAGAAAGAGCAUCUGGAGGGGCAAGUCAAGAAGCUCACUGCCGAGAAUAUGUUCUUGUCCAAAGACAAAGAUGAUGUCAUUCAGAAACUUCAGAGCGCUUACGAGGAGCUUGUCAAGGAUCAAAAGGCCUUGGUCCAGGAGAUCGAUGAGCUCACGACUGAGAAAAAGUCAGCCGCAGAGAAGCAGCUGAGCCUUGAUAACGCCUGCCUUACCCUAAAGGCCGAGCGGGAGAACCUCCUUCAGAGCAACAGAGACCUGCAGUUUGAGAAGGACACGCUGCGCCAUAGCCAGGAGAAACUGAGCGCCAGCCUGGAGGCCACCCUGCGCGUCAAACAGCUACUCAGCACGGAGGCAGAGACUCUGCGCACGCAGCUGGAUUGUGCCAGCAAAGCACUGAGGAAGGCGGAACUGGACACGAGACAGCUCCAGGCCACCAAUGCAAGCCUCACAAAGCUCCUGGAAGAGAUUAAGACCUGUCGGGCAAUCACAGACUCGGAAUGUAUCCAGCUUCUCCACGAGAAGGAGAGCUUGGCAGCCUCUGAGAGGAAGCUCCUGGCAGAGAAAGAGGAACUCCUAAGUGAAAAUAGACUCAUCACUGAAAAACUCAGCAAACACUCAGAAGAGACCACACAUCUUGAGAUGAGCCUAAAUGAGAAGAUCACGUACUUAACUUCUGAGAAGGAGAUGGCUUGCCAGAAAAUUGCUAGGCUUAAAAAGCAGCAGGAUAGCCUCUUGAAAGAAAAAUCAGCACUAGAGAUGCAAAAUGGAGAUUUACUUGCUGAGAGGGAAAAUUCUAUCAAAGCCAUAGGAGAUCUUAAAAGGAAGUAUGACCAAGAGGCUUCGAACAGACGAAUCAUUGUGCAGGAGAAGAUGAAACUGCUCGGUAACAUCGAUGCUCUGAAGAAAGAGCUUCAGGAAAGAAAGAUGGAAAACCAAGAGCUGGCGAACAGCAAGUGCGACCUCUCCCUGAUGCUGAAAGAGGCUCAGGAUGCCAAGAAGAAUCUUGAGAAAGAGCACACUAGCAUGAUGCAAGCCAAAGAGAACUUGAACACCGAGCUGAAGACUUGCUGCUGCGAGAAGAACAUCUUGCUGAGGGACGGCUUGAACCUGCAGGAAGAGUGCCAGAAAUUAAAUGAGGAGAUUCGUGAAAUUCAGCAAACUUUAAUCCUAGAGAAGGAGGCCAGGGCAAAGGAAAACGAGGCCUCUUUAUAUGAAAACAACAAACUUCAUGGGAGAAUGGUGCUCUUGGAAGAGGAGAUUCAGGGGCUGAGGGCAUGUACUGAGCAGCUCCAGACUGAGAAUUUUACACUUGUCCAAGAAAAGACCAACUCAGAGCAAAAAGUGGUGGAAAUCAUUAAGGAAAAGGAACUCCUGAGUGCAGAAACAGCUCAGCUCGCUGCCAAUAUCGAGACCCUCAAAAGCGACUUUGCUGCCCUUUCCAAGUCCAAGUUGGAACUGCAAGAACUACACAGCUGCCUCACCAAGAUCCUGGAUGACCUCCGGCUGAACCACGAGGUGGCGGUGACCGAGAGAGCUGAGGUGCUUCAGGACAACAAGAACCUCCUGGCCGAGAAACGAGAAAUGAUGCUGAGGAAUGAGGAGGUCCUGAAGGAGAAGGAGAAGCUGGAAGAAAGCUACUUCAUCCUCCAGAAGGAGAUUAGCCAGCUGGCCCAGACCAACAGCCACAUUUCAGCCAACCUCCUAGAGUCCCAAAGUGAAAACCGUAUUUUGAGAAAAGACAAGAGCAAGCUUACCCUUAAAAUUAGAGAGCUUGAGACCCUUCAUUCAUUCACGGCUUCUCAGACUGCAGAAGAUACCAUGCAGAUCAUGGAACAGAUGACCAAAGAGAAGACAGAAACGCUGGCCUCCUUGGAGGACACCAAGCAAACAAACGCAAAACUACAGAAUGAAUUGGACACACUUAAAGAAAAUAACUUGAAAAAUGUAGAAGAGCUGAACAAAUCAAAAGAACUUCUGAAUGUAGAGAAUCAGAAAAUGGAAGAAUUCAAAAAAGAAAUAGAAACCCUAAAGCAGGCAGCAGCUCAGAAGUCCCAGCAGCUUUCAGCACUGCAGAAAGAGAACGUCAAACUUGCCGAGGAGCUGGGGAGAACGCGGGACGAAGUCACAAGUCAUCAAAAGCUGGAAGAAGAAAGAUCUGUACUCAAUAAUCAGUUGUUAGAAAUGAAAAAGAGAGAAUCCGAGUACAUAAAGGACGCUGAUGAAGAGAAAGCGUCCCUGCAGAGGUCCAUCAGUCUCACCAGUGCCUUACUCACAGAGAAGGAUGCCGAGCUGGAGAAGCUGCGGAGUGAGGUCACAGUGCUCCGGGGAGAGAAUGCCUCUGCCAAGUCCCUGCACUCAGUUGUGCAGACCCUGGAGUCUGAUAAGGUGAAGCUUGAGCUCAAGGUCAAGAACUUGGAGCUUCAGCUCAAGGAGAACAAGAGGCAGCUCAGCAGCUCCUCAGGCAAUACCGAUACCCAGGCAGAAGAGGAUGAGAGAGCCCAGGAGAGUCAGAUUGAUUUCCUCAAUUCAGUAAUAGUGGACCUUCAAAGAAAGAAUCAAGACCUCAAGAUGAAGGUGGAGAUGAUGUCUGAAGCUGCGCUGAACGGCAACGGGGAUGACCUGAACAGCUAUGACAGUGAUGACCAGGAGAAACAAUCCAAGAAGAAACCCCGCCUGUUCUGUGACAUUUGUGACUGCUUUGAUCUCCAUGACACAGAGGACUGCCCCACCCAGACACAGGUGUCAGAAGACCCUCCGCAUUCCACGCACCAUGGCAGCCGGAGUGAGGAGCGGCCUUACUGUGAGAUCUGUGAGAUGUUUGGGCACUGGGCAACCAACUGCAACGACGACGAGACCUUCUGAGGCCUGUGGGCUCCGCAGCCAGCAGCUUUUCACCAGCACUGCACGCGCAGCUUGAGGAGAACUCGUUAUUUUUUGACCCCUGUCAACAAAUCUAAGAAAAUAUUUUGAUCUUCAACACAUUACCCUUUCAUUUUUCCUCAUAAGUUAAAAUAAUAAAUAUUUGGUAGGUGGGCUUUUACUUCCAUCCUCUUUUUUGGAAUUUGAAGAUUUCUGACAUUGUACCAGGUGCCAUUACUCUUUUGUUCCUAGAGAAACAUCGUGGGACAAGCUGGACCCUGACAAUAUCUUAUUUAAGAAACUUUAAAUUAUGCCGUUAUUUCUCAUAUUUGCACUAAAGUAUUUCCUGGCUACUUCUGUAUAUUUAGGUUUUGUUGAUGUUGUUGUGCUUUGACACUGGAAUGAGCUGCAGACAAAGUGUGCCACUUUGCAUUUUCAUGUACUCAUUUAAAUAAUUUUAAAUAUCCAAGCUCUGCACUACCAGCUCUCAGUAGUGCCUUUCUCCAAGCUUGACAAUACAUAGGGCGUGAUUGUAAAUCAUCAAACAGGUAAAAGGGAGGGGAAAGCCCCAAACUGCUGUGGCGACGUUUAUAAUCGAUAUGCUGCACCCACAGACCCAACAGUGGGUUUUCUUUAUUGGUUUUACAUAAUUUCAACCUCUAUAUAUUAUAUGUAUAUAUAUAUUUUUAAAGAUCUAUAUUUUGGGAAAAAAGUAUAUGCAAUGUGUCUUCUUUUCAGAUUUUUUUACCUUUAUGAGAAAGAACACAGCUAAAUGGCUCGUCAGCAAGCCUGAGCAGGCCAGAAACAGCAGAGUGGCUUCAUGACUGUCCUCCUCUCCGCGUUGUUUCUGAACCGCAGCUGAGUAGCUGGAAGAACUGCUCCAGCUGUUUGGUUUUGUUCCCCUUCUUCUGCAGAUAAUCCCAGUAGCACACUAAGCCACCCUACAACAGCUAAACUAACUGAUCUAUAGCUCUCCUUUAUAUGUCUGUGGGUUUUUUACUGUAUUUUUUAAUGAAUGUACGAUGAGAAAUUCAACAUUAAUAAUUUUGAAUUUUCUUAUCACAAAAAGAUAAAACGAAGGACCUCAACAUACAAAAGAGUUUUAUCAGUCAGCCUGAGUCUGUCUUCACUUGAAUGUUUUUGAGAAUAUGUAAAAAGGAAUUAAAUGUACCGUCAUGCGGCAUGCAUGAUAAGAACUUCUGUCAUUGUAGAUAAGCCUUUGCCUAUUCCCUAUCCACUGUGCUUGACAAGUGAACAUUAAACAAAUCUGUUACCAGUUAACAUUUUUGGUUAAUAAAACUAUAGGAAUUAUUUCACAAAGAAAAUAUGUAAAGCAGUAUUAAAAUCUGAGUUAUGUAUCUAAUAAAUGGGUUUGUCUGUUUUCCUGCCAGUGGCAGUAAA